GACCAUUGCCCCCCCCCACGAAGCUCGAGUCCAGUGCGACGUGGUGUCCUUUUGAACCUCUAAGAUGUCUGUUCUUGGGAAGCGCAGCGCUGCACUCAGCGUUCGGGAGCUGAACCUCCUUGCCACAGCCACAAUCGCAGCUCCUGUUCCCCUCCAGUCUCGAUCCGCGCGGUCUUUCUCCGCCUGGAACCGCCCUCCGCCAAACUAUCCCGGCCAUGUGCCAUUGACCUUUUUCGAGCGCGGAGCGUUGGCCGUCGGCUCUGCUUUUGGAGCUCUCAUCAACCCUCGACGAGCUGAUCUCAUCGCAACCUGCGGCGAAGCCACGGCAACCCCCUACUUCAUCUACCGCCUGCGCGACGCGAUGCUCUCCGACCCGACGGGGCGGCAGAUCCUCCGCGACCGACCGCGCAUCACCUCCCAGACGCUCCAGAUGUCCUACCUGCGCACGCUGCCGGAGAACACGGUGGGGCGGACGUACGCGACCUGGCUGGACCGCGAGGGCGUGUCGCCGGACACGCGGGACAACGUGCAGUACAUCGACGACCCGGAGUGCGCCUACGUCAUGCAGCGGUACCGCGAGUGCCACGACUUCUACCACGCCGUGACGGGCCUGCCCAUCUUUGUGGAGGGGGAGCUGGCGCUCAAGGCGUUCGAGUUUCUGAACACGUUGAUCCCGAUGACGGGGCUGAGUCUGUUCGCCUCGGUGCGGUUGAAGCCCGCCGAGCGCGAGCGGCUGUUCAAGAUCUAUCUGCCGUGGGCGGUGAAGAGUGGCCUGAAGAGCAAGGAGCUCAUCAAUGUCUACUGGGAGAAGAUUCUGGAAAAGGAUGUCGGCGAGCUGCGCGAGGAGUUGGGCAUCGAGAGGCCGCCGGAUAUGCGCGAGAUCCGGAGGAUGAUCCGCAUGCAGAAGAAGAGGGAGAAGGAGGCGGCUGCGGCGACGGCCGGGUUGUAGUGUGUUGGUUUUUGGCUUGGUAGUGGUGAUACCUGUGUAUAUUAUAGUAUUGCAUGGCAUGGAUAUAUUGUUAUUCUUGGU